CGAAAAGAUCUCCUCUCCGGCGAGCUUCUCCGUCCGCCCCUUUCCCCCGCCGGCCAAGGUCAGCGUUGUGAUGAAGACCAAUCCUGAUCCACGUGUCCUAGCUAUAGCAAAGAAAGCUAGGAGGAGUGUUGUGCAGACCCUUUUGAUCAAGAUAAUUUAUGGCAAGGAGGUGUGCGUUAUGACCGGCUCUGGUUUCAUAAUGAAAAACAGAGGUUUCGAUGGCCUUGUGAUGACAAACAACCAUGUGCUCGAGUGGGAAAAAGAAGCCUUCGACAGAUCUCAAGAUAAGGUUCUUGUUAGAAUGGCCUGUGAAAAAGGUGGAGUCGAGCAGCGACGUGGCAAUGUAUUGUUUCAGGACCCGUUCGUUGACAUUGCUGUCAUUCACAUUGGAAAAUACAGUGAGCCACUGCCGCCGGCUCUAAGCUUCACUCCUCGUUCGCGCGAACUGCCAGUUGGGACGAGUGCGAUUGCAAUUGGAUACUGCGAUGCAGAUGAGUUUGCACCGCCAGGUGUGCAAGCGCUUGCCAGGCUUCCAUCUAUCCUGCCUGCCUUGAUUGCUGGUGAUGGAGAAAACCCCAACCCCGUGUCGGCUGGUGAAGAACUUUGGGUUCAGGUUGAUUGUCCGAUAAAGGAUGGCAGCUCAGGAGGACCUGUGUUGGGCGCACAUGGUGUAAUUGGUGUCAUGGCUCAGGGCAACGCACAGAUUACUGCCGCCAUUUGCACAGAAUCGGUACAUCAAGCGGUGAAACGGUGGCUCAAACUUCCAGCCAGGGACACGAGGCCUCUGCAGGAGAUCAUUGACAGAGCACUACUCUGAUCGCGUCUUGUCCUCUUCAGCGUGGAGUCAGGCUGUCUUUGUUCAACUUUUGCCAUGCUUACCUCUUCUUCAACUACAGUGCUCUACUCAGCUAGCAACUUCACUGGUCUAGCUGUGGUUUUCCAAGGGGACCUACCUACCGUGCCGUGUCUUAUAAUUUAUGGGUUAAGUCAAUUCCGUGGUUAGCUGUUACUAGAUGCGAGAGAGAGUGCCUGCCACUGCUUGUUUUAUUACAAAGUUAACUUCAGUUUUUUACCUUGUCGUUGGUAACAGAAAUUAUCCCAUUUGAGAUUUUUCUUAUGCAUUUUACUGUGUUUAAGCAAACAUGUGCCGUAUUAA